GAGGUAACUUGCUCACAUUCAUGAAAAGGAGCAAGCCAACUGCGAAAAGAAAGACUCUGCGAUACUAAUAUCAAGCCCAAGAUGAUCAAGUUGACUUUUCUUGCCUUGUGUCUGGUGCCUUUUGCCUUGGCCCAAUGGGAUAAUAAUCCAAUUCUGCCAGGUGUUCCCAAGUUUCUAAUUAGCGGUGGUUGGCCUAUGUGGUGUGGCAAUGAAAUCAACAACGAGCACCAAUGCUUUAAAGAUUGUAUGAAAGGCAAAGAGAUGGAGGUGAAAGACAUCGUUGCUGCACUGAGUGGAACAAGCUCCUGUCCGCCAGUAAUGCCGGGCUGUUUUCUUCGAUGGAAAGAGCCAUCAUGCCGAUGUAUGAAGCAGUGUGAAUGCCAAACUCCCCAUUGUGGCAACAAAGACUGCCAUUUCUGCAGUGAAUGGUUUGCAAACGAGUGAGUGACCAAGAACAAGUGAACAAGCACAGUGUAUGGCUUGUAAUUGACGAUUAAAAUAAAAUAGAGAUGAAAAACAAAAAA